UUAGUACGACGUGACAUAGUGAUGACGCAAUAGGUCGUCGCGUAAAUGAGUGUAAACGGCACCUGAAUACAUUGGAAAAGGAAGUGUCCUGCCUUUACGGAUAAUAUUUCUCUUACCAGAUACGUAUGUGAUUAGUUUGGGUGCCGACCUUCUUGAAUCUGAGCAGAUUGAGAAUCAACACUUCUCUUGAAAGCAGCGGUGGCGGGUUUUUCCUCAGCUGGUUUGCUAGCAGGAGCGUCUGACCGGACUCUCGCUAUAAAACAGCAGAACUACCGAAUCUGCCGCGUAUUAUUUGCCUUUCAAAACGCGUUAUAACGGGAAGUGAAGUUCUGAAGGUCUUGUUUCCUGACUUAAUUUAACCGUAACCGUUUAACUGCUUUGAUUUAACCGUAAAGCCACAGCAUUUUAUUCUUCUAGCAGCUAACCGCACGCGCUGUACAAUAAUAUAACCGAUAAAUGUCUCCAUGACAACGUGUGUGUUGUAGUAUUGAGAGCAUCAACCGCAAGCUAUCGUUACACAUCUAAGUCUGUAACAUGUUUACUCGAUGCUGAAGGAGAUGUUUAUACAGCACAACCUGCUGACAGACAUUAGGUAGCUCACAACUGGAUGGCGACGCAUCGAGGUCCAGUAUGAAACACGAUACAUCUGCGCUUCAGUAACCGUGACUUGAGGCUCAUAGGAGAGCCUUCAUUAUGUACCAUAGCUGUGUCAUCGUCCUGUCGAUCAUCUCCACCUCUCGAGACUGAUAUUUUCUGGCUUUUUUAAAACACUCGAUCCACCAAGUGUUGCGCAAUGGCGGGUGUUGGGGUCAGCGUGCUGUCGCGGGGUCAGCUGCCGUCUGUAUCCUCCAACUCCUCGCCCACUGAUCCUGAUACCAGGGGCUGCUCAAACGGGGACUUCAUGGGCACCUUUGGCAUCUUCCUGCAGGGCCUGCUGGGAGUGGUGGCUUUCAGCACCCUUAUGUUGAAACGGUUCAGGGAGCCCAAGCACGAACGGAGACCCUGGAGAAUCUGGUUUCUGGACACCUCCAAACAGGCCAUAGGGAUGCUGUUCAUUCACUUUGCCAAUGUCUACCUGUCUGACCUCACAGAGGAGGACCCAUGUUCACUAUACCUGAUCAACUUCCUUUUGGAUGCGACACUGGGCAUGCUGGUGAUCUAUGGUGGCGUGAAGGCCGUUAGUGCUGUGGUUGAAUGGAGACAGUGGGAUUCGCUGCGUUUUGGAGAGUACGGUGAGCCGGUUCAGUGCAGUGCCUGGGUGGGUCAGUGUGCUCUCUACAUCCUCAUCAUGAUGUUUGAGAAGGUCAUGAUCAUGUUGGUCCUCCUCCUCCCUCAGUGGAAGAAGUUGGCUACGCUCAACCCCAUAACAAACCCUCAUCUGGAGCUAGCUAUCGUCAUGCUAAUAGUCCCGUUUUUCGUGAACGCUCUGAUGUUCUGGGUGGUAGAUAACUUCCUAAUGAAGAAGGGCAGAACAAAAGCCAAAUUGGAGGAGAGGGAAGCAGAAGAUGACCCUCGUGGCAGCAGCAAAGUGCGCUAUAGACGGGCAUUGUCACACGAUGACUCUGAAUCAGAAGUAAGUUACUCUUACUGAGUCAAUCUGAUGUGACAGCAAAAAAGAUUCUGUUCUCUGCAGAUGACGAAAUGGAGGAUUCAGAUGGUGACGACGAUGUACGAAGACUCACAGGGCUCAAGCCUGUUAAGAAAAAGAAGCACCGGCUUGGUAUUCCAGUUUGAAUUCAAAUCAAUUUAGACUUGAGGCCUCUCUCAUUCUCAUGACCCCACCUCAUUUACCUGAACAUGGAUCAGAAAGUGAGGGCAUGAAGACUAACUCGACCUAUGAUUAGGGGGUAGACAUACACGAGAAAAGCCUCUGGACAGCACUAGAAAGAUUUUUGCUACCCUGUGUCAAAGGGUAAAACAUAAUAUUUUCAGUCUGUCAAGGUUUUUUUGUGCACAUUCAUAAUUCUCUUCUGCGGCUGCUUUGCCAUGCUUAAAGAAUGUGAUUCUCCAGUGGAUAUACAACACACUACAUCUCCUUGCAUCUAUCCAGCCUUUAAACUGAACAAAGCAAUUCAAAUAACAUACUGAUGUUGUUCCUCUGACAUAAGUACCUUUAACCAUAUGCAUGUGAUUGAACACACUGACUUGGGCGAACGUUCAAGGUCACUCUGUUGGUUCCAAAGCACGUUUGUGAGUGUAGCUGCUGCAGAAAGUUUUGUGCGUGUCAGCUGUGAGGAAAUUGUGCUGAUAAAUGUUACAGAAUAACACUGGUCAGCAGUGUUAUGAGAGAAUUACAAUACAGUUGGUACAGUCUGCUUGCAGUGUAUGGUUUUAACCAUUUGGCAGCAGACAUUCUGAGAAGGUACGUAAAUCCAGGGAUGGCUUGUCUGACUGUUUGGCUUUUCAAAGUGUAUCUGCCUCAAAUCAGUGUCACUGUGUUCUAGCACUCAUUUUCCCUGUAUUUAUUUGUUGUUUUAAUUGUUGUUUGUAUGGCCUCUUAAAAUGAAAAUUCAGUCAUUUACUUGCCCUCAUGUCGUUCCAAACCUGUAUGACUUUCAUUCUUCUGUAGAACGUUAAGAACAUUGAGGUCCAAAAAUCAUUGGACCCCACUGACUUCCAUUGUAUGGACAAAAAAUCAAAUCAGAAUAUCAAAAAAUAUUUUUUGUUUCUCACAGAAGAACAAACGUCACAGUUUUUGAUCAACAUGAUGGAGAGUGCACGAUGCUUUUCAUUUUUGGGUGAACUGUCUUUAAACGUUGUUUCUGUAUUGCUACUCAUUGCAGGGUAGAUGCUCUGGUGCGGAUGCUUCUGUAACUUCUUGCACAGUUUGGCGUUACAUUGUGGUAUCUUUUUAUGCGGUAUUACCUUCAAGUUUUGUAUGUUUUAAGCAUUCCCUGUUGCCUCUAUAUACUCAGACACUGUCAAAUUCUAAACCCUAAACCAGCAGGCCUUUCUUCCAAAUGCUUUCUCAUCCACCCUCACACUUUUCUGCUCUAUGGAGCAUUUGAUUUUAUUCCAACACAAAAGCACAGAUCCUUGGAGAACGAUGCAUUUGCACCAUGCAUUCUCUGCAAAAAUGUCAAAUUAGUCUUUGUAAUCUUUAUUCUGAAAAUGGAUAUAAUGUGAAGAGGAAGAUGCCUGUAGGUUUAGAGUUGGAGUGAAUGUAAUUGGGAGUACAGGACCAGUUGUUUUAUCACUUGUAUUGUCAAACUGAUAUUUAAUGGACCAAGUUUGUGGGAGUACUGUUUGCACAUGGUAUGUGUUUGUGUUUUACAGGGAUGAAUUGAAACCAGGCCUUCUGAAUGAACAAGGUUACUGAUAAGGAUUUUGUCUUGGUGGAAAUAUAACUGCCUUUCUCUUCGGGUUUGAUUCUGACUAUUAUUACAGAGCAAUCUUGGUUUCAGUUGGAGAAUGAAACAAAUUGGAUGUGGAGAGGGGUGUUAAAUACUAAACAAUAUUAGAUGAUUAAGAAUUACUGACAGAUUAUGAACUUGUGUAUGCUUUUUCAAUAAACGGUGUAAAAAUG